AUGAGUAGUUCAUCGGCUUUCUCUUUGUCAUCAUCAUCACAAAAAACACUGCACUCAUUCAUUUUGAUACUCUCCGUGGUGAUACGUGGAAUAUUGUUUUAUUAUGAAUUUGAUAAAUCAUUGGAGGAUGAAAUUCACUUUUCUACUCCGACCACAAGUUUCAAACGAUUGAAAGAAGGAUUAUUUCUCUCUCGGAUCGGUCAAUCACCAUAUUCCAGCUCUUCUUUUUUACAACCUCCUCUUACAUUAGCUCCCUUUGCAUUGGCCGAUCAAUUGGCAAGUACAUUCUCAACUCAUCAUGAAAGAAAUUUACAACUUUGGAUGUACCGAUUCAUUUUCAUAAUAUCAGAUCUUGUGGUUGCAUUUUUCGUGUAUGGAAUUGCUAAAAAUUCGGAAUUACUAUUGCAACCUUUUUACAAAAGAGUCACAACAGCAGGAACAUCGAACACCACAACAAAUAGAGCUUCUCGAAAUUUGCCACAAGAAAAUACUCCUUCUCAAAAUUUACCUAUUUUUUUAAUGUCACUGUAUUUAUUGAAUCCUGUAAUGAUUGGAAGUUGUGUGAGCAUGUCGACCAUUGUUUUCAAUAAUUUGUCAAUUGCUGGAGCAAUAUACUUUGCAACAAAAUCGAACAUAGUAUCUAGUACCUUAUUUUUAGCAUUUGGUUCAUAUUUGACGCUGUAUCCAAUUACAUUACUUGUUGGAAUUAUUUUAAUUGUGAGAAGUUUGAAACUGAGACGUAAUGAGCCUGCCAAUAUGUUUGCAAUCUCUGGAAAAAGUAUUAUCAUGCUUCUAUUUUGGACAUGUUGCUUACACUAUGCGUCAAUUUCUCUUCUGGAAAGCAUUAGAGGGGGUGACAGCUUGGAAGCAAAAACUACAAUUCCAACAGAUACCAUAAUUUAUCCAUUCCUCUCAUCAACAUUGGGCACAGUGAUUGGAAUUGAACGAUUGAAUAUUCUCUAUGAAUACUGUUAUCAAUGCUACUAUUAUCCUUUCACCCUUCAAGAUUUAACUCCAAAUUGGGGGACGAUGUGGUACUUCUUCACAGAAGUUUUCAACGAUUUUAAGGCCUUCUUUUUGCUAAUUUUCCACUUGCAUGCAUUUAUUUAUGUCAUUCCUCUCACACUCAGAUUCAAAAACGAUGGAUUAUUUUGGUGCCUCAUUCAGACAGCAAUAAUUUCUGUAUUUAAGGCAUAUCCAUGCUUGGGAGAUUUUUACUUUUACAUGACACUCCUUCUUCUAUUUAUUCACAUCUCCCAACAUAUGAGAUAUGGUUUCUUUAUUGUGAGCAUGUUACUGGCAUCACUUUUCGUGGGACCUAUUUGUUUCAAUACUUGGAUUCACAAGGGUACAGGAAAUGCCAAUUUCUUCUACUUUGUGACUCUCAUCUUUUUAGUUGGAAAUAUUUUACUCAUUGUUGAAUUUGUGUUUGCACGACUGAAAGCCACUCACCUCUACAAAAAGAACCAGUAG